AUGCACCAGCGGCACUGCGACAACGCCAUGCAACACUUUUUGGAGGUGGCGUGCGGCCCCGCCCGGCAUGCCAGCACCAUUGCCAAGGCGGCGGGGGCGACGGCCACCGCCCUCGACUGCUCGCCCGCGAUGCUCAGCUAUGCCAAGCAGCUGGCGGAGGCGGCGGGGGUGGCUGGCAGCAUGCGGUUUGUGGAGGCGGAUAUGACCGCAGAGGGGUGGUCGCAGCGGGUGGAGCAGCCUGCUGACCUGGCGGCGGUGCUGCUGGGCAGCCUGGCGCAUUGCUUGGACAACGACGCGGCGCUGGCCUGCUUCAGAGAGCUCAGCAAGGCCAUGCGGCCCGGCGGGCUGCUGGUGCUGGAGCUGCCCCACCCCAGCGACCUGUUUGGAGGGUACUGCCUGGAGGAGGAGCAGUACAUCGAGGCCUGGGACGCACAGUCUGAGGAUGGCAGCAAGACGGUGCUGGUUGAGUGGGGGCGCGAGGGGGACCAUUUCGACCUGCAGGAGCAGGCGGGCCUCGGCUUUGCCCUGGGGGCUGCAACACCCGCCGGUGUGCUGCACCGCACCGUGGGGCUGAGCAUGUAUGCGGGCGAUGCGCUGGCGUCGAGCGAGGUGGAGGUGGUGCCUCAGCGCCAGUUCACGCUUCAGGAGGUGGAGCUGCUAGGCAGAGCCGUGGGGCUGCAGGUGGUGGAGGUGCAUGGCGACUUUGAUGCGGCUGUGGGGCUGGAUCACGAGGAAGCCUACCGCUCAGUGGUCUGCCUGCGGCGGCAGUGA